AUGGACAAAUACCCAUUUCCUAGCGACCCUGUCGGAGAGUCUUCAUCAAUGGUCAAGGGGCCUCAAUAUAGGUUCACCUUGAUCAAUGAUGUUGUUCUUCGAUAUGAAUGGGCUGAGGACGGAGUCUUUGAAGACAGACCCUCGACAUUCGCGAUCAAUAGACGAUUUCCAACGCCAGAGUUUACAACUAACGACACCGGAGAAUAUCUGGAAAUCAGGACAAGCACCUUCCACGUUACAUACAACAAGAAAAGAUUUGACCGCUACGGGUUCAUCAUCAGCUUCAGCGAUAAGAACACCCUUUGGGGUGCAGACUGGCGCUACGGCGAGUCGACCCCAGAAAACUUGGGAGGCACAGCGAGAACACUUGACAAUGUCGAUGGGCGAUGCGAGCUCGAGACUGGAAUUCUAUCGAAAGCUGGGUACUCGGUCCUCGAUGACAGCCGCUCCAUGCUCUUCGACUCAAAGGGCUUUGCAUCUCCCCGUAGACCGGGUGACCGAAUCGACGGGUACCUCUUCUGUUACGGGCGAGACUUCAAACGUGCAAUGAGCUCUUUUUUCGCCAUUUCCGGAAAGCAACCCCUGCUGCCUCGUUGGGCUUUAGGGAAUUGGUGGAGUAGAUACUAUGCCUACACAGACAGCGAGUACCUGGAGCUCAUGGGUAAGUUUGAGACACGAGAGGUCCCAUUGUCUGUGGCUGUCAUCGACAUGGACUGGCAUCAGGUCAGUGGCGACCACAUACCACAUGCUGGGUGGACAGGGUAUAGCUGGAACAAGAAGCUUUUCCCUGAUCCCAUCGGGUUUACCAAGGCGUUGCAUGAUAAAAACCUCAAAAUCACCCUCAACGACCACCCGCAUGCUGGCAUUCACCGACACGAGGACAUGUAUGAAGCUAUGGCUAAGGACAUUGGUCAUGACAUCUCGAGUGGCGCCCCUAUUCUGUUCGACCCUACGUCCCCCAAAUUUAUGCAUGCAUACCUGAACACUCUACACCGUCAGCUGGAGAAGGAAGGAUGCGAUUUUUGGUGGAUCGACUGGCAACAAGGGCCAUAUUCACGAAUCCCAGGCUUGGACCCCCUGUGGCUGUUGAACCACUUCCAUUUCUUGGAUCAUGCGCAGCAACAGGGAGAAGACGGCAGAGGCAUCAUAUUUUCCAGGUUCGCUGGCCCCGGAAGUCAUCGCUAUCCCAUCGGAUUUUCCGGCGACACUAUUAUGACGUGGGAAUCCCUCCAGUUCCAGCCCGAGUUUACAGCUAGAGCGUCGAACAUUGGAUACGGCUGGUGGAGCCACGAUAUCGGUGGCCAUAUGGGUGGCUACCGUGAUGACGAGCUGGCCACUCGGUGGGUUCAAUAUGGAGUCUUCUCGCCUAUUAUGCGCCUGCACUCGUCUGCGAAUCGGUGGGGUUCGAAGGAGCCAUGGCUUUUCCGAGACGAGUACAAGCAGGUCAUGGAGAAGUUUUUGCAGUUUCGGCACAGGCUCAUACCCUAUCUCCAUACUAUGAAUGCAUUAUCCGCAUUUGACAAUGAGCCCCUGGUCCAGCCCAUGUACUGGAAGCACCCUGAGCAGGAGGAAGCGUAUGGCCAGCCGAACCAAUAUUAUUUCGGCUCGAGUUUGCUUGUUGCACCGAUUGUUAAGCCACGGGAUAAGAGAACGAAUACGGGCGCGGUCGACGUAUGGAUUCCUCGUGGUCGCUGGGUAGACAUCUUCAACGGGAUGAUUUAUCAAGGCAACAAAUCGGUUCGGAUGCACCGCAAAAUUCAUGACUAUCCCGUGUUGGCACCGAUGGGAGCCAUUAUCCCUCUAGAUAUGGCCACAAAACCAAAGAACGGGGGACUGAAUCCAUCAGAACUCGAGCUUCUGGUAGUCGUCGGCGAAGAUGGCGAGUUCACCAUCCGCGAGGAGAUUCAGGAUGACGAGCUCGCAUCACCUAAUUCAACCGGUCUCCGAGAAAUCAAGAUAACCUAUGAGCAAGCCAAGGGACAGCUCAGAUUUGCAGCUUCAUCCAAAAAAUGGAGAGUCAAAUUUUUGGGGUUGACAUCGGUGCCAGAACAUCUUCUUGUCUCAGCUGGCGAAGGGCUUUUCGUGAAUACCAAUAAAGCCGUUGACACAUACCCAGCAGCCCCUGGCUUAGUUCUAGAGCUUCCAAGGAUGACUGGAGAUCCCGAGAUUGUUAUUGAUAUAGGCGCCCAGCCCGCUUUGCAUGAUGUAACUGUGUCGGAAAGGAUUUCUGAUUACAUUCUGGAUGUCCAGAUAGACAUGGGCCUCAAAGAGAAAAUUGGGAAGAUUUUCGACGCAGGAGGAAGCCUUCUUGGCCAAAUUGGACAGCUGGCAGCCCUGGGCCUUGAUGAGGGUCUAACAGGACCGUUGAUGGAGUACAUGCUGGCUGAUAUCCCAUAG